AUGGUCGAGGUCGAGCACGGCACGGUAGUGCCGGACGUGGUAAAGGUCGAGCAGCUGAUGGUGGUCUCAACAGUGGCCGUGACGGUCACGUCGAUCUCAGGCGUCGUCGUCCACGGCGUGAUGGACGAGGGCGGCGCCGUCGAGGUGGUCUCCUCGAUGCUCGACGUCGGCGGCACGGUGGUGGUGGUGUUGGUAUGA